CCCACAUCGCGAUCGACCUCGGCGCCUCGGGCGGCCGCGCGAUGCUUGCCGUUUUGGACGGUGAGCCGCUCGUGGUGCGUCUUGAAGAGGCGCAUCGCUUCUCCCACGAACCACUCGAUACGCCGGCGGGGCCGGUUUGGGAUUUGACGACGCUUUGGCGCGAGGUGCUGGCAGGCAUCGAGGCGGCGGCGGUGAUGGCUCGCGAGGCGGGCGUUGAGAUCAAGAGUGUUGGUUGCGACACGUGGGGCGUUGAUUGGGGAUUGGUCGAGCCUGGGGGUGAGCUCGUUGGCUUGCCGCACGCUUAUCGCGAUACCGCGCAUGCGGUGGCGCCCCGUCACGCGGCGAGCCCGGGGCUGUUCGCCAUCGACGGGUCGUCGUUGUUGUUGCUGCCGGACUUGUUGCACUACUGGCUGUCGGGCGUCCGGGCGAACGAACGCACCAACGCCUCGACCACCAGCAUGCUGUCGGCGGUGACGGGCGAUUGGGAUCGCGAACUGCUCGCCACGGUCGGACUGCCGAGUGUGGCGCUAGGGAAGAUCGUCGAACCGGGGACGAGGCUGGGGCCAGUGCGGCCGGAGUUGGCGGCGUCGUUGGGACUCUCCAGUGGUGUCCAAGUCGUGGCGCCGGGGACGCAUGAUACAGCUUCGGCGGUUGCGGCGGUCCCGGCGGCUGGCGAAGAGCCAGGGUCGUGGGCUUACUUGUCGAGCGGCACUUGGUCGCUACUGGGUGUCGAGCUCGAUCGACCGAUGACUUCGCGCGAGGCGUUUGAGGCGGGAUUCACGAACGAACAGGGGGUCGCCGGCAAGACGCGUUUCCUGCGGAACAUCGCGGGCUUAUGGCUCGUACAGGAGCUGCGACGCGACCUUGAACGACAGGGCAAAUCGUACGAUUACGCCCAGCUGGCGGACCUCGCCGCCGAGGCUCCGGCGCUGCGGACGAUCGUCGAUCCAAACGCCGAGGACCUAGCGUCGCCGGGCGACAGCAUCGCGAAGCUCCGUGGCCACGCCGAACGGACGGCCCAGCCAAUCCCCGACACGCCCGGUCAGUUGGCACGCUGCUGCCUCGACAGCUUGGCGUUGUGCUACGCCGACACGAUCGAACGGAUCGAGUCGCUCACCGACUACCGCAUCGCGACGCUGUACCUCGUCGGCGGCGGCGUCAACAACCGCCUGCUCAACCAACUCGCCGCCGACGCGACCGGCCGCACCGUGAAGCUCGGCCCCAGCGAAGCGACAGCGCUUGGCAACGCGUUGGUGCAAGCAAUGGGCCUCGGCUUGGUGAAGGACAUCGAAGCGCUACGCGGCGUCGUCGCCCGCUCGCAAAGCGUCGAGGUCGUUAAGCCCAACACCGCAUCAGCCGACUGGGCCGCUGCCAAGUCGUGCUACAGAGAACAAACCAACUCGCCCCGCUAA